AUGAGUGUGGGUGAGCUCUUCAUUCAGAUAGUACCAAGCUCUCACUUCAUUCGCUCACCUCGUGAUCGUCUUUGCUGCUCAUCACUCUAGUUCAGAUCGCGCGUUGGCCGACCCGCUGGCAACCGAGCUUCGCACCGAACCGCUCUGUGACUUGUAGACCAUACUCUGCGGCACCAUCGAAUGCUCAAGCUUCAACUUGCUGA